UAACCAGUUACUGAAAGAAGAUGGUUGGAAGCAGAGAGGAAAGUGUUCAGAGAAUAUCUAUCGUGAUCUUAGCUGUAUUUAUUGCAUCAUCACAAUGUUUAAAAGUAGGAUUACCAGCAGGCGAAAUGAAACGACUUCGUCCGAUGGUCAUCAAGAAAUUCUCACAGAUUUCCCCAGUUUACAUCAACAUCAGAUCUGAAGACAAAACCCUUGCUAGGGAGCUAUUAAGUGCAAUACACGCCAAAGCGCCAAUCAAGCGCUCUAUAGCCAUGCCGCAACCAUCGAGAAAAAUUCAACGAUCCAUAUUUUCGGUUCCAAAAUUGCCCCUCGUACCUUAUAUCCUGCCUUUGAUUCCAAAAUCUCCUCUCUUACCAUUGUUUCCGAACUGGUUGCCUUCACCCCCACCUUCCCCGGCUCCCAUGAAACCUCCAUUGAGUUCAAUGCCCAACAUCUUCGCUUGGGACAAAGCUGAACCAGGCGUCCUCGAAAAACUGAUUAGGAUGCGGCAACGAGGAGAUUUAACUACGGAAGAGUAUCUCAAAUUUAAAUAUUUGCUACUGAAGAAAUAAUUCGAGCACUAAUUUUAUUAACAUUGGCAAACGAUUGUUU